AUGAGAGCUGGAGUGCUGUGCUUCAUCUCUUUCUUCACCGUCACUGGGGCCCACGACGCCCUCCUGGGGAGAAAUGGCGAUAUCAAAACAAAAAGAGAACUCAUUGUACAUAAGGCAAAGCAUUCAGGCCCAGUCCAGGAAUAUGAGCUGCUACUUCAGGUGGCCUAUAGAGAUUCCAAGGAGAAAAGAGACUUGAAGAACUUUCUAAAGUUCUUGAAGGCUCCAUCAUCCUGGCUACACGCACCUGUGACAAUUAUCAGAGCCAAGGCCACCACACACUGCAGCAGCCUGAAUGGAGUCCUGCGGUGUGCCUGUGAAGACGGUUACACUUGGUUCCCCCCCUCCUGCCUUGAUCCCCAGAACUGCUGCUUCCACAUGGCUGGAUCACUCCCAAGUUGUGAAUGUCAACUCAACAACCUCAGCCAGAGUGUCAAUUUCUGUGAAAGAACAAAAGUCUGGGGCACUUUCAAAAUUAAUGAAAGAUUUAUAAAUGACCUUUUAAAUUUGUCUUCUGCUGUGUACUACAAAUAUACCACUGGAAUUGAAACCCAACUUAAAAAAGCAUACAAAAGAAUUCAAGGUUUCGAGUCGGUUCGGGUCACCCAAUUUCGUCAUUUGGGAGAUGGAAACAUCAUGGCGGGGUAUGAAGUUGUUGGUUCCAGCAGCACAUCGGAGUUGCUGUCGGCUCUUCAACAGGUGGCCACGGAGGCUAAAGCGGCCCUUCACCGGCUGUUUGCACUAGAAGACAGCUCCUUCAGAGUGUUUGGGAAAGCCCUGUGUAACAGCGUUGUAUUUGGAUUUGGGUCCAAGGAUGAUGAAUACACCCUUCCCUGCAGCACUGGCUACACCGGACACAUCACAGCCAGGUGCCAGUCCUCUGGGUGGCAGGUCACCAAGGAGUCCUGUGUGCUCCAUCAGCUGGAGGAACUGGAGAAGAAUUUCAGUGUGAUUGCAAGCAGUGCAACUGAGGCAGCUGUGUCCUCCUUGGUGCGAAAUCUUUUAGUCAUCCUUCAAGAAAGCCCAUCAACCACAGCUGGGAAUCUGGCUUCGGUGGUGUCCAUUCUGGGCACUGUCUCAUCCCUGUCACUGGAAAGCCAUUUCAGGGUGUCCAAUUCAACAAUGGAGGAUGUCAUCAAUAUAGCUGACCACAUCCUUAAUUCUGCCUCAGUGGCCAACUGGACAGUCUUACUGCAGGAAGGAAAGCCUGCCAGCUCACAGUUGCUAGAGAUCUUGGAAAACAUCAGCAUUCUGGUGCCUCCAACGGUUCUGCCUCUAAAUCUUUCUCGGAAAUUCAUUAACUGGGAAGGGAUUCCAGUGACCAAAAACCAACUCAAAAAGGGUUACACCUAUCAGAUUGAAAUGUCCUCCCCAAAUACUUCCAUUCCCAUCAGAGGCCACGUGUCAAUUGGGUCAGACCAAUUUCAGAGAUCCCUUCCCGAAACGAUCAUCAGCAUGACCUCGUUGACCCUGGGGGACAUUUUACCCACUCCCAGAAAUGCCAGUGCCCAAGUCAAUGGGCCUGUGAUAUCCACAGUUAUUCAAAACUAUUUCAUAAAUGAAAUUUUCCUGACUUUUUCCAAGAUGGAGUCAAACCUGAGCCAGCCUCAGUGUGUGUUUUGGGAUUUCAGGCGUUUGCAGUGGAACGAUGCCGGCUGCCACCUGGUAAGUGAAACGCCAGACAGCGUGACGUGCCGAUGUACUCACCUGACCUCCUUCUCCAUGCUGAUGUCACCCUCUGUCCCCACUCCCGUUGUCCCUAUUUUAAAAUGGAUCACCUACAUGGGACUAGGCAUCUCCAUCGGAAGUCUCUUCUUGUGCCUGGUCAUCGAGGCUCUAUUUUGGAAGCAGAUCAAGAAAAGCCAAACUUCCCACACACACCAUAUUUGUUUGGUGAACACCGCCCUGUCCCUCCUGAUUGCCGAUAUCUGGUUUAUUGUCACGGACACUGUGAGUACCACAGUGAACCCCUCUGGAGUCUGCACAGCUGCAGUGUUCUUCACUCACUUUUUCUACCUCUCUUUGUUCUUCUGGAUGCUCCUGCUUGGCAUCCUGCUGGCCUACCGGAUCGUCCUCGUCUUCCAUCACGUGGCCCUGCCUCUGAUGCUGGCUAUCGGGCUCUGCGUGGGCUAUGGAUGCCCCCUCAUCAUAUCUGUCAUCACCAUCGCCGUCACACAGCCUACCAAUAGCUACAAAAGGAAAGACGCGUGCUGGCUGAACUGGUCCGAGGGAAGCAAACCUCUGUUGGCGUUUGUUGUCCCUGCGCUGACUGUUGUGGCUGUGAAUCUGGUCGUGGUGCUGCUCGUUCUCAGGAAGCUCUGGAGGCCAGCUGUUGGAGAAAGACUGACUCAGGAUGACAAGGCCACUGCCAUCCGCAUGGGGAAGAGCCUCCUGGUCUUGACCCCUCUGCUGGGGCUCACCUGGGGUUUUGGUAUAGGAACAAUGGUGGACAGCCAGAACCUGGCUUGGCAUGUAAUUUUUGCUUUGCUCAAUGCAUUCCAGGGUUUUUUCAUCUUAUGUUUUGGAAUACUCUUGGAUAGUAAGCUGCGACAACUUCUGUUCAAUAAAUUGUCUCCCUUAAAUUCUUGGAAGCAAACAGCAAAGCAAAACUCAGAUUUAUCUCCCAAGCCCAAAUUCUCAAAGCCUUCCAACCUGCUGCAAAACAAAGGCAAUUAUGUGCUUUCUCGUACGGGACCCUCCUCCAAGGAUGUCAUGCUAACUCAGUUUUCAUCAACUGAAUAAGACAAGGAACCAUAAAAUCAAGGGAAAAAAUAUCUGAAACAACUUGACAUUUAGAUCUAAAUGUCAGUGGAGAAAUUAUAUGUCAGUAUUAGAUGUGAUUUUCUGAUUUAGGAGUCUGGGAAUAAAACAAAGGAGAUCUCCAUGGCUU